AUGAGUAGUGAAAAGCAUGUUGACGAAGAUAAUGAAACAGUUGCAUCAAGUACCGAAAAAAACACUGAUGUAGAUGAUUCCAAAUCAACGGACUCUGAUAAUGAUGAUACCGAUAGUAAUGCUUCUAGUGAAUAUGAAGUUGAAAAAAUUCUUGCUAAACGAAAACGACGUCGUGGUAGUGGAUAUGAAUAUUAUAUAAAAUGGGUUGGUUAUGAUGAGUCAGCAAAUGAAUGGAUACCUGCAACAAGCUUAAAUUGUCCUGAACGUCUACAAGAAUUUCAACGAGAAGAAGAACGUAAACGAAAACGUACACAAAGAGAAAGAACUACUUCACAUAAACGUCGAAAUCGUAACAAUAAUAGAAGUAGUCGAAAAAAGAAAAGACGUGUUAAAGUUAUCAAUGAUGAUGACGAUGAUGAUGAUGAUGAACAUGAAGAUGAAAAUGAAAAUCAAGAAGAACCUGAUGAUAAAGUCGAACUAAAAUCAGAUGAAUCACUCGAUAGUCCAAUAGCAAGUUUUGGUGAAAUUUUGAAACCAAAUUCAACUACUUAUGGCGUUGAAAAAGGCUAUAAAGUACAAGCUAUUCUUGGUAUUAACCGAACGAAAGGAGAAGAAUUACAUUAUCUUGUUCACUAUAUAUCUCCAACAGUAUUUGAAGAUAAUAUGGAAUUAAUUCCAGCUCAUGUUGCCAAAAAAUUUUGUGAAGAUGAAAUAAUUCAAUUUUACGAGACAAGAAUCACAUGGAAUGAUCGUCAAAAUGAUUGA